GGGAGUUUAUCUGUUUGGCUAAGGCUUUUGGGUGUUUCGGGCAUUACUACUGUUCUUCUCAAAGUGGCCAUGCUUGGUUGAAAGGAUCGCAUUUGAUAGCUUAGCAUUUUUGUACAAUUAACAUGCUUGAGGGGGGGAGAGAGAUCCUGCUAACUAUUUGUCUUAAUGCUAAUUUCCAUGAUUUGUAAGCAUAUUCCUUUCUCUUUAAUUACACUGUCCUAUUUCAGCUGAACGUUUGUCUUGUAUCCUUGGAGUUUUGUCAUUUGAUUCUGCUCUCUUCGUCAUUGCAGAGUUGCUGUACUGCUUGCUUUCCCCGAGUCUUUUUUAACUAUGGGAGAUCAACAGCACGGGCUGCUGAAAGUGACAGUGGUUCAAGGGAAGAGAUUGGUGAUUCGGGAUUUCAAAUCCAGUGAUCCAUACGUAAUCGUCAAGCUAGGCAAUCAGACAGCAAGGACGAAGGUCAUAAACAGUUGCCUCAACCCGGUUUGGAAUGAAGAGCUACUUUUCUCCCUCACGGAGCCCCUAUCAGGAAUACUAAACUUGGAAGUGUUUGAUAAAGACCGGUUCAAGGCAGAUGACAAGAUGGGGAGAGCAGAGCUCAACCUACAACCAAUCGCCUCAGCUGCACGACUGAAGCAGAUCAUACACGUUUCCUCCCCGGGCCAGACAGUGUUGAGGAAAGUAGUCCCUGACAGUGAUAACUGCCUCCUGAGGGAGAGCACCAUUAGUUGUGUAGAUGGUGAGGUGGUGCAAUGUGUGUGGCUGAAGCUCCGGGAAGUCGAGUCUGGAGAAAUAGAACUGAAGAUCAAGUUGACUACUACUUCUUCCUCCACAUAGUUGAUGUAAAGAUGCAUUGGCGGCGGCCCUUUUUCGGAAUGUGACUGAAAAGUGUCGUAAUUAAUGUGUGCCUAGAUGUGUGAAUUAGGAUGAUCCUUCCAUGUUGUGCAGGGUUGAAGUUAAGCCUGUAGCAGGGCUCUUGAUUUAGAUGUUUUAGUGUGUGCUUCCCUUUUGUUUUUGGUUGGAUCCCCAGUUUCCUCUGAGAGUGGUUUCUAGUUGUGUUGUAUUAGUAGUACCGAUGAAGAUGUGAAAGCAAGAAGAAUGUUUUAUGUAUCUAAUUUUGCGUAGUUUGCUCCUUCUUUUCUCUUUCUUGCUCACUGAACUCCAUUUGCACCUA